AUGGUGCCCUCAACUUCCAAGCGGCCAGCCUCGCGAUCUUUGGAGCGACCAAAUAAGAUGACAACCAUUGAGUGCAUUGCCAAGAUAGCCUCUGGCAGAUGGGUUGAUCUCAUCGUUGGCCCCGAAAAGAAAGAAUACAAGCUGCCGGCAGACAUACUAGCCCAUUACUCCCCUUUCUUCAAUGCUGCCAUCAAUGGUCCAUUCCAAGAGGGUCAAGGAGGGCUCAUCACACUUCCAGAGGACCACACGGGUGAUAUUGAGGCUUUCGUUGAUUUUGUCAUCACCGGCAGUGUCGACGAUGCUUUGGACGUUGACAAAUGGGGCGAUGAGGCCAUCGAAAGAUGUGUCAGCUUUCUGGUUUACGCCAAGAAGUAUGACCUGGAUUCUGUUGAUGAUCUUGUCUAUAGAUCACUCAAGCAAGCUCAGCGUGGUCGAUAG